CGCUCUUCAGAGUCGGUCUCGCAGCAAUCUAGUCUAGUGCGGGCUUCUCUCAGACGAACAACCUUUUUAUCUUCCCCGUCUUUGCACACUUUUAGUGGCAGUUCAUUUCUAUUGUCAUUGUCAUUGUCAUUAGUCGUGUUUGCCACUAAGCGAUUGGUGAUUUUUUUGUUUUCCACGUGAUUGUGCUAAAAGUGACCAAGUAAUAAUUAAUUACUUCGAUCAAUUAAUCAGUGAUAAAACUCGCCGGUCGAACGGAAAUAAUUUCUGUGUCUUUUAGAGUUUUAAUAUCUGGAACAAUCGGAAUUGAAGUUUUCUCUAAUUCCAAAGCGGGUCAGUGAAAAAACUCUGCAGAAAAAGAACAGAAAAAAAGAGUUUCUGAUGAUGAAUUCAAAAGUUUUCCGUCUUUGAGUGAGCAAUUAACGAUUUGGAAUUUUCUAGAUUUAAUAAAGUGCCUAGCUGCACUGCGCUGAGAUAUUAUUUGUUUUUGGUGAUAAAUUUCGGGUCGAAAGGAAGUGAAAAAUAGUAAAAUAAGAAAAAGAUAAAAGUGAAAUAUGAAAGCGUGCAGGCUGCUAGUGGAUAGAAGCUUGAGCAAAAAGAAGAGAUAAAUAAAAUAUGAAACAAUGGAAACGCUAGGAGUGAAGAUAUAAUUCGUGAAUGUGGAUGUAGAUUUGGGGGAUGUGGAUUGGGGGUGUUAGAUAUAAGAUAUAAGAUUUUCACAUAAAUCUCUCAGUGAGAGAAGAAAGUGGAACUGAAGCGUUACGUCAACUUUGUCGAGUAAGAACACAAAGAGCAGGAAGUAACAGAAACUUUGAGGAUUCUUCAGUGAACUUGGAACGUGUGUGAAAUGUCGCGAAAAGUGUUGAGUUGGUGAUAAAUAUUAGAUUUGUUGUCGGAAAGUGAACAAAAGAACGAUUGGAGUUGAGGAUUUUUAAGAUGCUGAUGAUUUGAAGAACUGCCGGGUGUUUUGAGUCACCUUGGAGAAAAUUGUUGGGGAAGGAAUGAGGCGGCAACGUGUCACGUAGGACAAGACCGUUUCACGGAGAUGCCACGACCAGGAAGAAAUAUCGGCCCCGCCCUGGUCUUCCUGGCGGUCUACGCGAUCGUCCUCGUCCAGGCUGGGGACCAAGAGAGGAACGUGUGGUACAAUGCAGCUACAAGGAGCAUCGAGACGAGGAUGCGGGCCGCUGCUUCAACCACCAGCACAGGUACCACCCCUCCAACCGGCGAGGCCAAGGGUGUCAUCCUCUUUGUCGGCGACGGCAUGGGGAUGAGUACCCUCACCGCUGCUAGGAUUUUGUCUGGACAGCGUCAUGGUAACACCGGGGAAGAAGCUGAACUAGUCUGGGAUACUUUUCCUGCUGUUUCAUUGGCUAAAACUUACAACAUGGACGCCCAGGUGGGAGAGUCGUCGGCGUGCGCGACUGCACUGCUUUGCGGCGUGAAGGCCAACUACGAGACACUCGGGCUGGAUUCCUCAGCCAAGUUCGACAAUUGUCUGUCCAGCAAAACGGCAAGGGUGACGUCGAUCGUCGACUGGGCCCAACGAGAAGGCAAAUCCACGGGGAUGGUAACAACAACUCGUGUGACUCACGCUACGCCGGCAGCGCUGUAUGCUCAUGCUUCAAGUCGUUACUGGGAAGAUGAUAGUAAAGUGCCUUCAGCAGCGCGGGCUUCUUGUAAAGAUAUCGCUCGACAACUUCUGGAAGAUGAACCAGGACGUAAUAUUAAUGUAAUACUGGGAGGAGGUAGAAGACAUUUUGUAUCAAAAGUAGCUCAAGACCCCGAAGAGCCAGAAAAAGAAGGCCGCCGACUUGACGGGAGAAAUUUAAUAACAGAGUGGACCAAGUACCACCAAAACAUGGCGGCAAAGUACGUGUACUCAAAAGAGCAAUUCGACGAAAUAGAUCCGGCGCGGGUCAAUUAUCUCUUGGGAUUAUUUGCUUACUCGCACAUGGAUUUUGACGUCGAUCGCAACACCACCGGAACCGGAGACCCAUCCCUCGCUGAGAUGACGAUCAAAGCGCUCAGGAUUCUCAAACGGAAUCCUAAAGGGUUUUUCUUGUUUGUUGAAGGUGGAAGGAUAGAUCAUGCGCAUCAUUAUAACAACGCUUACCGAGCCCUCGACGAGACCCUUGCGAUGGAGGAAGCAGUUCGAGCGGUUAUGGAAGAAGUUGACCUCUCGGAGACGCUUCUGGUGGUCACGGCUGACCACUCCCACGUAUUGACGCUCGGCGGACUGGCUACGAUCCGUGGGAACCCAAUCUUCGGGUCUGACAGCAAAAAAUCGGACGUGGAUGGAAAGCCAUACACGACCUUGUUGUACAGCAACGGGCCAGGUCACACGGAGCCGCGAUCUGUCAUGCGAGAAGCCGGGAAGGAUUCCAUUCAGACCGCGGGUGUUCCUCGAACGUGGGCAACUCACGGUGGAGAAGACGUUCCAGUGUUCGCAACUGGCCCUCUGGCGGGGGUUCUCUUCAGCGGAACAGUGGACCAAAGCUACAUCCCGCAUGCAAUUGCUUACGCGGGGUGCCUCGGUCGGUACGCCAGCAGGUGCAGUUCCUUUGAAUCGAAUAUGGUGAUCAACGACACCAAUCAAAUCGCUUCGAUCAGCUGUCCUUCUGCGGAACCUAACAGCGCGGCCAUUUCCAGUGACGUAAUGAACGACCAGGCCCGUAAUCCUGGCUCUAAAUCAAACAACUCUGUCUGCUCUAAUCUCACGACUUCGAAAGCUCAUCAAUUAUUUAUUUCUCUUCUCUCCGUUUGUUUUCUACGGUUUUUUAUUCAUCUUUCGCUCAAUCCUCUCGCCAGUUAAUGGCGUCUGACGUUAGAUAGCGACCGACUAUUUUAGUUAAUUUUAAUAUAAAUAAUAAAGUAAUUAUUAAAUUACAUUAAAGAAGACACUUUUAAAAUCCAAGUCCAUCGGGGAUGGGUCCAACUUUUAAUUCCGCUGAGUAUUGAACUAUAUAAAUUAAAAUAAAAAUUUUAAAAGUUAUUUAAUUUUAUUUUAUACAGCAUACUACACUAGCAGAAGCUAAAAGUUGAGUGUGUGCGCGGAUAUUGGUGAACUUUGAUACCCUAGUUUAAAGAGCGUACUUGUACAGAGACAAUCGAUCGCGGUUUUCAAACGUUAUAUUUGUUUACUUACACGUUUAUUACUGCACCUAUUAUAAUUGAUAUUUAUUAUAAUUAUAAUUGUAAUUAUAAGGAUGAUGAUGAUGAUUAUUAUGAUAACGAUAAUUGAUAAGUACUACAAAUGUGUACAUUGUUUGUGAUAGAUCGCUCGUUCGAUGCUGUCGCACUUUUAUUUAUAUGUGUAAAUAAGUAAUUAAUUGAUAUAA